GCGAUAGCAGUGCAGUCCGUGACCUCGACAGGUCCCUGUUGUGACGUAAUGUUAUGCCAGCAGAGCUGCCGCCGACUGUUGACUGGAGCAGUCGCACAGCUGCUAGCCUGCCGAUCACCAGCACUCGCUGCCGGCAUGUCCAAGACUGUCAGGAAGAUCAUCAGCACAACGAAGGCGGCGCCGCCUGUUUCCGCCUACAGUCAGGCAGUAUGUGUGGAUAAUAUGGUCUAUGUAUCUGGCACCAUUGGAGUUGACAAAGACACAAAGAAACUUGCAGAUAAUGGAGUAGUGGGUCAAGCAAGAGCAGCAUUUACUAAUCUAGGAAAUAUUCUUGAAGCAGCUGGUUCAUCCUUUGGAAAAGUUGUGAAAGUAACAAUUCUUCUUGAUGAUAUAAAUGAUUUUGCUGCAGUGGGUGACGUUUAUAAAGAGUUUUUCAAGGAACCAUACCCAGCCCGUAUUUCGUAUCAAGCUGCAAAGUUACCAUUGGCGGCUAAGAUAGAAGUCGAUGCAAUUGCUGUGGCAGGAGAUAUGGAAACAAUCCAAUGACUAUAUGACAGUAAACUAUGAUGCAAAUAAAAUACUAUGUAUAACAAAAUAAAAAUAUCUUUAUUAUUUA